CACACCAAUACGGCAGGCCCCCACACCCGUCUUCAUUCGAUUCCCCCGCCCCUUCGCCUUCCCGUUCUCUCGCCACCCGCUUUGCUCUUCCUCCGCCGCGCGCCGUGAAGAUGGGGAAGCGGUGGAUCCCGCUGGAGGCCAACCCGGACGUCAUGAACCAGUUCAUGUGGGGACUGGGGGUCCCCGAGGGGGAAGUGCAGUUCUGCGAUGUAUACGGCCUCGACGACGAGCUGCUCGCCAUGGUGCCCCAGCCCGUGCUCGCCGUCAUCUUCCUCUACCCGCUCACCUCCCUGGACGAGGAGAAGGAAGAAUUGGGUGCUUCCGGUGCGUCGACCGCAGGGGGCAAGGAUCUGAGCAAGAAGGUAUACUUUACAAAGCAGACUGUUGGUAAUGCAUGUGGAACAGUUGGUGUUAUUCAUGCAAUAGGGAACAUCGCAUCUCAGAUCAAGCUAGUUGAGGGGUCCUAUUUUGAGAAGUUCUAUAAGAAAACAGCUGACAUGGAUCCAAUCCAGCGUGCUGCCUUUCUUGAGGUGGACGAUGAGAUGGAGGGUGCUCAUUCUGUUGCUGCAUCUGCUGGUGACACUGACGCCAAUGUUGAUGUGAAUGAACAUUUUGUAUGUUUCUCCUGUGUUGAUGGUGAACUUUAUGAGCUUGAUGGACGAAAAUCGCAACCCAUAUCCCAUGGCCCUUCAUCACCAGAAACCUUGUUGCAGGAUGCUGCAAAGGUCAUCAAAGCCAGAAUUGCAGAGAAUCCGAAUUCAAUGAACUUCAAUGUCAUGGCUCUUUCAAAGAAGUGAAUUAAACUGAUGGAUAGGGUGUUUGGCAGAUGGCCCCCCCUUCUCCUUUCAGUUGCGCUGGGCACUUGCCCCGAAUAGAAGGUUUGCAUAGGGGGAAAACAACGGAAAACACUGUUACCAAAAGCACGAACCUGUGUGCUCGUUGCACAGAGUUUCAAUCAUAUGACCUGAGAUGUUUCGUUGAUAUGCUCUCGUGCCUUGUUGAUGGAGGUAGAAAUGGUUGUUCACGAUUUCA